AUGUCUUUACAGUGCAAGAUUUGUGGAAAGUGUUUUAGGGUAGCAGGAAAACUAAGCAGGCAUGAAAGAGUUCACACUGGGGAAAAGCCUUACGAAUGUAAACAGUGUGGCAAGUGUUUUAGUGAAGCAGGACACCUAAGGAGGCAUCAUAGAGUUCACACUGGGGAAAAGCCUUACAAAUGUAAACAGUGUGGCAAGUGUUUUAGUCAAGCAGUACACCUAAGGAAACAUGAAAGAGUUCACACUGGGGAAAAGCCUUACAAAUGUAAACAGUGUGGCAAGUGUUUUAGUCAAGCAGUACACCUAAGGACUCAUGAAAGAGUUCACACUGGGGAAAAGCCUUAUGAAUGUAAACAGUGUGGCAAGUGUUUUAGCGCAGCAAAAACCCUAAGGAGUCAUGAAAGAGUCCACACUGGGGAAAAGCCGUAUGAAUGUAAGCAGUGUGGCAAGUGUUUUAGCCGAUCAGGAGACCUAAGGAGUCAUGAAAGAGUUCACACUGGGGAAAAGCCUUACGAAUGUAAACAGUGUGGCAAUUGUUUUAGUCAAGCAGUACAUCUAAGGAGUCAUGAAAGAGUUCACACUGGGGAAAAGCCUUAUGAAUGUAAACAGUGUGGCAAGUGUUUUAGCGAAGCAGGAACCCUAAGGAGCCAUGAAAGAGUUCACACUGGGGAAAAGCCUUAUGAAUGUAAACAGUGUGGCAAGUGUUUUAGCCGAUCAGGAAACCUAAGGAGUCAUGAAAGAGUUCACACUGGGGAAAAGCCUUAUGAAUGUAAACAGUGUGGCAAGUGUUUUAGUGUAGCAGGACACCUAAGGAGGCAUGAAAGAGUUCACACUGGGGAAAAGCCUUAUGAAUGUAAACAGUGUGGCAAGUGUUUUAGGGUAGUAGGAAACCUAAGGAGACAUGAAAGAGUUCACACUGGGAAAAAGCCUUAUGAAUGUAAACAGUGUGGCAAGUGUUUUAGCCGAUCGGGAAAGCUGAGGAGACAUGAAAGAGUUCACACUGGAGAAAAGCCUUAUGAAUGUAAACAUUGUGGCAAGUGUUUUAGUGUAGCAGGACACCUAAGGAGACAUGAAAGAGUUCACACUGGGGAAAAGCCUUAUGAAUGUAAACAGUGUGGCAAGUGUUUUAGCCGAUCAGGAGACCUAAGGAGUCAUGAAAGAGUUCACACUGGGGAAAAGCCUUAUGAAUGUAAGCAGUGUGGCAAGUGUUUUAGUGAAGCAGGACACCUAAGGAGGCAUGAAAGAGUUCACACUGGGGAAAAGCCUUAUGAAUGUAAACAGUGUGGCAAGUGUUUUAGCCGAUCAGGAGACCUAAGGAGUCAUGAAAGAGUUCACACUGGGGAAAAGCCUUAUGAAUGUAAGCAGUGUGGCAAGUGUUUUAGUGAAGCAGGAAACCUGAGGAGGCAUGAAAGAGUUCACACUGGGGAAAAGCCUUCUUACGAAUGUAAACAGUGUGGCAAGUGUUUUAGUGAAGCAGGACACCUAAGGAGGCAUGAAAGAGUUCACACUGGGGAAAAGCCUUGUGAAUGUAAGCAGUGUGGCAAGUGUUUUAGCCAAACAGGAAACCUGAGGAGUCAUAAAAGAAUUCACACCAGGGAAAAGCCGUGUUUUAGCCGAUCACAGAACCUUAAUAGUCAUGAGAAAGUCCACAGUAGAAAACACUCGCAUAAACGUUAUAGUAAUGAAAUUGUUUCUAAAGGUUUGCCUUGCAAGAGUAAGAAGGCAGUAAGUAAUGUGAGGAUUAGAUUUACAAACACCACACCUACACAGAGAGAGACUGGAGACAAUAGGAUAGAAGACCAGCGAUCAAACAUCAUUGAGAGACAUACCUGUUGGAUUUGUCAAGAGGAGAUGGGUGAUGAAUCUCUUCUUCUUCAACAUUAUGAAAAUCACAUGAGAUAUAUACCUUCAGGUGGUUCAUAAAGAACCUUUCUACUACGGCCAUUUUCUUCUGUCUCCAAUGUGGCUGUUGUGGAGAGGUUCAACUGUAGACUUUGCGAUUUUGAAGGUGGACACCAAUUCUCAAGGGGUGUUUACAAGAGAAAACUCACACUGGCGUGAGUUUUGUACCAGGAUGACUUUUUGAUUUCGUAUCGCGUUUACAUGAUGACUGGCUCAUUUCAUAUUUCGCUAUUUGAAAGUACAAUUAAUGUUGAUAAAAUACACAUGCGAUUCAAAAUCGCAAACAUAACGCAUGCGCUACACGUUCCAGUCUACCAGCAGACCGAUUUCACAAUGAAACAUGUGGUCGUUUGGCAUUUACAUGAUACUGUUGUGUGGUUUCUUACCAGGGUGAACUUGCGCUGGGGUGACUCACGUUGGCAUGACAUUUUGUGGCGGUAUCAUGUAAACAAAUGUAGAGUCAUGAGAAGGAACUGGAGUGAACUCACUCUGGCGCAAAAGUUGCCCCCGGUGUCAUGUAAACACCCGCUUAGGCAUUCCUGUUAUGCUUGUUUGAACAUUGGAUUAGGCUAUCCAUCAUAUGAAUCACUUUUCAUAGGAAAAGUAACAAUGGAAAUAACUAAUAAUUAGUUUGCGUUAUUCCCUGGAAAGGGGUUUAUCCAAUGGAUUUAAACAUCUAGGGCCCAGUCAGUAACAUAGAUUUUUAACUAUCCAGUUUUAUCGACCAGAGUAUUGCCACUUGAUCACCUUUCCUAACGAGUGAGAAAUACUGAAUUUAAAUAAAAUCAAGCAGUGUGCAAAGAAAGUCGUGUCCAGUAGCAGGGGGCUAGUGGAUUUUGCUAUUGGGCUAGUGAUUUAUGGUCUUAACUUGCCCGACGGGCAAGUGCUGUUCUUUGGGGAAAUUCAAAUUACAGAUUGACCCUUAUCAAUCCUGUUAAUCAAAAAGGGUUUUGGAGCUAGUUGAAAUGACUUGUGGGCUAGUACGUGCUAGCUACAGCUUGCCCGAAUGUUAGGCUGUAAACUGACUUUCUUUGGACCCUGAAUCAAGUCAUAUCUUUAUGUCUGUGCGCUCUAUUGUUAUAAGCUUUGCUUUUUUCAAAGAGUUGUGGCUUCUUUCACUUGCUUUAUGAUCUCAGGAGGUAGAGGUCCUCUUUUAAUAGUGAUGAAAUUUUUUUAAUUUUAACCGUACGGGUUCCUGUCGUUCAAACGUUGGAUGGGUCGAUCUUUCGGAUAAGUCACUUUCCAUUGGCUAACUAUAGUUUUUUGGCGUCGGAAUCGCGUGUAGAUUGCGGUGAGGGUGAAAGGCGGAAUGAGUUUGCGGAAUGGCACGUGGUAUGGCUUGCAGAAUGACAAAAUUAUGCUGAAUUUAAUAUAAAUAUAAAUGGCGUAAAGAAAUAAAUUAAACAGGAGAGCAUGCGCGCCUCUCUACCGGGCGUUUUUUUGGCGCCGAUUUGAAGGUUUAUUACUGGCAUUUAGAGAGGGUUUCACGUUGAAAAGUGCUGAGCAGUUUGCAUCAAUGUUCACUCACAGAUUGACUACAGACAUCUUUUUAAUUGUAAGUUAACUGCUAAAAUCUGUCCGCACGCUUGGUCAAGACACUUCGAAAAACUGAAUUUUUGUCACAUUCAAGUAAUAGUUUUGUUACAAUCAUACGUGAUUAUGCCGGUUGGUCGCUUACAGGGAACAGAAAUCAAAACGGAAUAUCUUCUGGCCUAAAAAGUGAUCGCGGUCGUUUAAGAAAUUUGAGUAGUGGUCUCUUACGAGGGAGUUUCUGAAGCAGUAUUUCGCUGCGAAACAAAACGAGUAUCAGUACAAAGUGGUCGCUUAAUGGGGGGUGGUCGCUUACGGAAAGUGGUCGCUAUGAGAGAGUUGACUGUAGUUUCGAAUUCUACCCUCCUCAACGUCAAAAACUUAACGCGACUGAUAGGCCCUAUUAGGUGGUCAGUUUAAUACAUGGCAAGGGACGCAAGAAACGCACUCCUACAAUGAGCGAUCGGCGAAAUGAUUUGAUCUAAUCUCAUACCCAGAUCUGAGUUCAAGGUUAGACGUGAGCUCCUUGUCGUUUUGUCCCAUUGGAGUCUGCGUCUUUAGCUUCAUCAAGACUGCUUUGAACCACGUGACUAGUGAAGUCAUCAUUAACCCUUUCAGCCCAAACAUCCACAAAAUAAUAAUGUGAUGGUACAUUUUUGUGAAGAAUCUCAGUUUAGGGAAUUUGAUAAAAAAUCCUUUAAUUUUUUUUAGGUGAUCAUUUUGUUCAUUUUUAUAACCUUUUCUCUCAUUUAUGUUUUGCCUUGUUAAGAGAAAAUUGAUCUUAACCAUCCUUUGGACUUCAAGGGCAUAUUUCUACAUUCUUUUCAGAUUCAGGUUUUUGGUUUUUGUUAGAAUUCUUAAGUAGUAGGGGCACCCAACUACGGUUUCCUCCUAAAUGCAUUGAAAUUGGUUUUUAGGCUAUAAAGAGUACUUUUUGAUCUUGAGAAAUGCAUUCUAAUUAGUCUCUGUUUGGUCAUCCUAGGGCAACUUGAGCCUUUUAGAAUUUAAAGGGGUUUCAGUAUUAUUUUCCCGAAAAUUGUACAUGCAAUUUAUCAUGAUAAUUGAACUGAGUGGUUUGAAAUUAUACGCGUGAUUUUAAAAUCGGACGAGCCAUUUUCAAGUCGCCGAAUUCAGUCAGUACCAAUAUUUAUUUGACCAAGUAGCCGGUUUGUAGAAAAGCAGAAAUGAAAAGGCUUUUAAAGCUCAUUUUGUAUUCGAAACAGAAAUUAUGCAAUAUAGAGCGAAAAUGGUGCGAUUUAAAAGAGAAAAGACGCAAUUUGGAACAGAUGUGAUUUAGAGCGAAGAAAAAGUAUAAUUCGGAGGCUUACUGUAAUUUGCGAAACGAGAUGGAACGGAAAAAAAUGCAAAUCUGCAAUUUGCGAAAUGAAAAGGAGCCAGGGCGUUAAAACGCUAAUACAGAACCCUUUUCCCUUCCCUUUCAAUAGCCCAACACGCAGGCUAAAACUAGCGUCCCUUUUUUUCCCUUCCUGCCAGUCCCGAUUCCCCGUUCGACAUCUGCUAUGCACUAGGUACACUGAAGGACAACAAAUUUUAAAGCUGAGAAGGCAUCUGACUGACCAUUGUUCUCAAUACGUGUUCCAUCUAAUAAGGAUAGCGCAAAUUUUCCGUAAAGUUGAUGCAUGUUAUACGUGCCUAUGUUAUUCUGGCAUUGUCCGAGGCAGACUGAGUCCUAGUUCUACGGUAGACGCUUCAUGUAGAGGAAAAUGUAUAGGAACACCUCAGGAUAUAUAUUCCUUCUACAGUCUACAGUUAUUGAUCAGAGAUAGAGAGAGAACGCGGCAACAAGUAUUCAUUUAAAAGGUGAGUAAAGCUCUUUAAUACAUUAUAUAUACAUUCUGAAAUGAUUCAAGUGUAGGUUUAAUCAACGCAAUGUGGGAAAGCAAUCUUCACUGGCGAUUUGUAGCAGCUGCUUACCGUUCAUAAUUAUUAAACUACAGCAGCUACAAACUACCAUGCCAGGGAACACCGUCGAUGUACAUAUCGACAAAGUUGACACUUAAAGUUUCUAGGGAUUUUAGAAAUGUAGCAGAUUUCUCAUUUUUUGUCCUUUUUAUAAUUUGGAAGUUCAAGGCCCUUGCCCCGGGGGGGGUACUACCGCGAAUUUUUGAUAGGGGUGUGCAGCGAAGGACCGUGAACCCUAACCCUAUUUAAGGACUAAGAAAGCGAAAACUGAUACCCUUUUUAAGGCCCAAAGCCGAAAAAUGACACCCUAUUCAAGGAAAGAACAAAAUUAUUCAUAACAUGAAAGGAAAACUUUAUUUCUUCUCUGUAACAUUGGAUGUAUAGCAUCAAGCAUAAAAUACUAGAAUACUUAAACGGAUACAUCAAGUUAAUAAAAACCGUUCGUUUAGGUGGGCAUUUUCACACUGCAGCAUUAGAUAAUACAAUUAAGCUACCCUAUCUAAGGACGACACCAGGGACACAGAAACAAAAGGGUCAAAAAAGAUACCCUAUUUAAGGACCGAGAACCUCAAAAACAAUACCCUAUUCCGCGGCACGUACCUAUAUAGCCCAUAUAUGGGAGUAUCUCCCCCGGGGCCCUUGCAAGGGUCGACAUUAACUUCUUAAGUUGGAUGCCCUUCGGGCAACAAAGCCUCAUGUCACAAUCUAGUUGCCCGAAGAAAAAUGUUAGUCGCCCAAAACAUUCGGUACAAACAAAUGAAAUAAAGUUGUAUCUGCAAAACAGGUACCUUCUUAUUAACUUUCCUUAAUAUUCACGAACAAAGUUAUCAGAGGAUCAAUGAGGAUAAUAUUCUACACAAAAAUUUGUUCACAUUUAUGUGCCAAAUCGAAAUAGGUUUGAGCUCACAAGGCUGCUGCCUAACAAGCGUUCGGUGGCCAAAGGCGCCUAAGCACGAUUUAUCCUCAGACAAGCAAAAUUUCAAACACUGGGCCCGAACAGGUGCCUAAAACUUAUGAUUCUCAAGCUAACUUUCAGUGAACAAACAACAAAAUUCCCUGUUCAUUCGGCACUUUUAAAAUGAAAAUGGGAAACUUUUAGUUUCGUCGUCGGCCAUAGGCAAAGUAUUAUUUCCGUCAACAAAAGGUAAACAAACAAGCACUUGUCUUGAAUCCUUCUGUGACUUCCCCUGCAGUGCAUUAGAAGUUUCUUGUGUGAAAACAGCAUUGAAUGAAUUUAAUAGUCUUUGAAAAAAUCUUUGAUAUUAAAAUCAUGACAUUUCCCCCAUGACAAGCAAAAAGCAAGAGGUGUCAAAUUACAAGUCACAUUACUUUUGCAAGUUUGUAGUGCUUUCUAUCUUGCUACAUUUGUAUGAACAUGAACGGUACACUCGUUUAUUCAGCGUUAUCUACACCUUUUUUUCGCUGUAUGUUUUGUGGUAACAUUUGUGAGAGGCUUGAAAAACAUUCUAGUUUUUGAAAAUGAUUUGCAGCGGCUAUUCAAGAUCCUAUUGUAAUCUCUUUUUAAUUUACUCAGUUGCGCACAAUGCAUGUAAAUACAAACCUUCACAAAAUAAUUUUUAUUAUAAAACAGUUUUGAUAGUUCAAAAGAUAGACUUGAUACAAAAACACUGAGUCAUGUUAAUUUACAACUUUCACAGAAAUUUCAGUUGUCCAAUCGGGCAACUAGGAUCCUAGACUUACUUGCGGGGAUCAAAUUUUUAGUUGCCCCAGGCAAGUUGGCAGCUGUUAAUGUCGAGCCCUGGUUCAAGGUAUUAUAUGACUGCUGGUGUUUCAUUACCCUGUGGUUUACAGGCCACCCAAGUUUGACCGUAUUUUUUGCACAGUCAUCGUACAUUAGCGCAUGAUUAUGUCAUUAUUUUGUAUAAGAAACUAUAUUUAUAUACAUGUAUGUAGGCUUUAUUGAUUAAAUUUGUCAAAGCAAUUCAAUCCAAUUUAAGUGUAACUAAAUGCAUAACAAGGUAUCACUCUUUCUUGUGUAACGAAAUAUUAUAGUUUCCCUACAUGUAACUGAACCCUUUGACCACUGGCUAUUCUGAACAUAAAGUUUGCAGGACACUGGCAGUUUUGAAAAAAACAUUUUUUCAGGAAAAAAAAGACAGCAUACAAAGUUUUUGAAUAGCGGAGGGGUCCAACAAUGAGUGUCAUGGACUUUCCUUCCCAAGCUAAGCAACAACAAUUAGCUCUUAUGAUUGGAUACUUUUCCACUGUUUUACUGAAAACAUUUUAUGUAACAUUUUACAUACUUAAGUGUGGUCAAGUUAAUUGCUUGUUCAACUCCUAUUUUCAGUUCUGUUCUGAUAAGAGACUCAGGUCAUUCUCAAGUAAUAAACUAGUAAAUAAUGAGUAAAACAACUGUUCAAGGAAACUUUUUCAAACCGAAUAUUUCCUUAUUUAUGGAAUAACUUAUCCAAGAACCUGUCCUAAGAACUGAAGACCUGAGCCUGUCUUGCUUCAACAAACAUUGCAGAGAUUUUUAUAGCAAUAAGAUAGGCUCUGUGUAUGUUGUUCGCUUACACCCCAAAGUUCGACUGAAUCAGGAUGCUUUUUGCAUCAUUGUGAAUUAACGUUCCAACCAAUUGUUAUGAAAUUACAACACUAGUAUAAUAUUGUAAUGUUUACUAAACCUUCGUGGCAUUUAUGGAGGUAGAAAUGGCAUAAUAUUGCAAAAUUAUAACGCAAAUUCACUUGUGUGUUGACCUCUCAAUUAAUUUGAUGUCUGUUUUGUAAACGCAGGCAACUCUUCUCACUACAUUCUUCAGCUGUGUGAAGGUAAGACAUUCAUGCAAUCAAAUUGACUCAAAAUUUUCACUGGGAGCCUUUCUCAGAAUCAACGGAACUUCAGAAAUCCUGUUCCACUUUUUGGAAAUGAGAGAGAUGGUUCUUCAAAUGAGAUGAAACAAAAUAAAACUAAAAAUGCAUAAAAUAACGUCUUCAGGAAGCUGAUUUUAAUCAGAAACAACAUUGUCCAAAAUUUAAAAACAAAACACGACGUGACUAACAUUCUAGUGACUGCAGAGAAUAAGUGCACUAGUGUAUUGAAUUUGGUGCACCUAUGCACCCAAUUUGAUGCACUAGUGCAUCGCAGUGCACAGUGCACCAAAACAGUGCACUUGGCCUAUGUAGUGCUUUUGGGAAGCAACACCGUACACAUAGCGGAUAAAUGGCUUUGAUCCUGAUUACCCACAUGUUACUUGGGCAUAAUAUCAUGGUGCAGUUUUCAGUCAUGAUUAACAGUUAAGAUUGUGUUACUUUUUCUGAUAAUUUCUUUUUCUUUCUUAUUACUUAAUUGGGUGGAAUAGCUUGUAAGGUUUUCUGUUCCCUACUAGUCCUUCCCCACUGCUAUCUUGUGUCUGGUUUUUAAAAUUGUGUGCUGUGAAAAUGGAUUAAAUCUUAAGCCACAAGAUUUUCCAAGCCAGACAUGUGCUUUAAGUAUGGGAUGCAAAGCUUUUCACCAGUCUUUCCUGCUCCUUUAAUCUUUUAAUCAAUAUAUUCCGAGAACAGUUAAAACUAUACUACAAGUAGCGGCAAAAUUGUUGAUACAUUGUACUCAAAUAGGGUAACUUUCGAGAACAAAAGAAUCUGCACCCCUCCCCUGUCCCCUCCAGUCAAAGUUGGGGUGUUUGUUGUUUUCUAUAGGUAGCUCGAACAUCAGUACAACAUUGCACGGAGGGGAUGGUGGAGGAAAGCUAUAUUUCCUCCUUUUGAAGUUAAUAAAGCAUAAAAAGCCCAGUUUUGGACGAAGUGUCGAAAUCUACGCACUGUUGUCCUAUUAGCAGCGGUUAGGAGACGAUAACUAGUUGAGAUUACUAUAUUCACCGGGUCAUUUUUCAGAAGAUAGAUAAGAUACCCAUAUUAUCACUUUGCUGUGUUUUUUGAGGGAAAAUUAGUUUUGCCAAUCUUUGUACUUGGUAGUGUUUUCAAGUAAUUACACAGCAUACCCAUGUACCAAAUGAUUGAUUUUCCUCUGGUAACUAAGUGUGAUCGUUAGGAGUCAAUGGCAGAUAAUAUAUUGUAUUUGAAUAUGUCCCUAGUAAGUUCGAAGUGUUUAUUCGAAGUUUGGCUAUUUGAUAAGGGUGGGAUUGACAAUAAUAUAGCCAUGAUUGCUAUGCGCAGGAGAAUUUUCAGGAAAAAUGUUCCAACUUCUAAUGCACAGCAAAGCUGCAUAGCAUCACUAAAUGUGUGCAGUAGAUUCGUUUCCCAUAUACCCAUAAGGGUCUUUGAAGAAUGUACUUUACGGUAGAGACUAUGAGGUCAGGAGGAGACUGGCCACGAGUAACCACAAGUAACCAACUUUGUUCUUAAAAGAUAAUCUGAUUAUUUUAUUUUAUAUUCAUCAUGGUUACGCGUGAAAUUCCUCCUAAAGAGCAAUUUUAGCCGUUAUAGCUACUUUAAUGCCUAGAAAUCUAUUAAGUUUUCUAUCCUUUUCACUUUUUUCUUUGUUUUGAUUCGUUUCGAUAAAGGAGAGAAUAAGAAAUCAUGUGCAACAUGCCACAUCACACAAUGUCAAGGCACGGUUAAGCGUGACAGGAAAUGUCACACACUGAAAAUAACGAAAUUGCCUUUCUAAUAAUUGUUCUAAAAUAGGUAUGGUGAAGUCAAACAUAGCAAAUAAAAAGCCACCAGGGGUCUUCCAUCCCAGCAUAAAGAAAUGAAUUCAAUUAAUUUUCUUAAGGACAUAUGGCCAGUUUUGCAAUUCAGACAAUAGGUGACAAAAUUGUUGAAACAAUGUACUCAAAUAGGGUAACUUCGGAGAACAAAAGAAUCUGCUCCCCUCCCUUGUUCCCCUCCAGUCAAAGUUGGGGUGUUUGUUGUUUUCUAUAGGUAGCUAGAACAUGGGCACAACAUGGCACAGAGGGGAUGGGGGAGGAAAGCUAUAUUUCCUCCUUUUAAAAUUAAUAAAAGGUAAAAAAGCCCAGUUUUGGGCGAAGUGUCUCAACUCAUUUUGUCGUCGAUUGUAGCGGCUAGGAAUUAAUGUUUAAAAAUAUGUGCAUGUACACUAGACAUGAAAUUUUUGCCAAAACAAUGAAAAUUCAACUUGCUUUUGACAAUUGUUUUGACAUAAAUGUAAGGGAAUUUGAUGUUAAUUAAAAAAAAAAAAAUGAUCCACGCAUUGAAAUUUACAAAAUUCUUUAAAAAUGAAUAAAGAUAUGAAUAAAACAAAUAAAAAUCUAAUAAAAAUGUGGGGAAUAUGUUGCUUAGAUAAUCAUAAAUUAAAAGCCUUCUUGAAAAGAUAGUUUUAAACUAAACAUUUAAAUUCAUUUAAGACUUCCACAGCAUCUUGGCUUAUUUUCUAAGGUAACUGGUUUUGUACACGUAGUCCGUCCAGGUGGUUCUUAACUUAUAGGCCAAUAGUAAUGAGACAAUUACUAUCAGAAGAUUUAAGGUUCAGAGCUUGGCAGGGGUUUUAAUAUGCACCGACAACCAACAAAACCAGUCGGCUACUUUGCUUGCAGAAGUUGGCUACUUCCCUCCCCCUCCUCCCCCCUGUAGUUAAAGCUGAAAAUGAAGUAUUAAAAGACCUAAAACUAAAAAACAUACUUUUUACCGUUAUUUAAACUCAUUAUUGAUCAGCAUCAAAAAUAAAAAGCUUUAUAAAAAUAUGACUAUAUCUUUCUUUUGCUAAAUUUAGUGCCUGGAACAUAUAAAAAUAUUGUGGGGGAGUCUGCCCCUACACUUCCCUCAAAAGAGGAGGGGGGCUGACAGCCCUUUUUUCGAUUCGGUCAGUUACUCUAUUAAGGUGGCCCGCACCUAUUUAUAUGCACGUUGGUUAUGUUUUUGAAUCGCGUUUUCGUCCACAAAGAUUUAAUCGAUUUCUAUGAUUUUUGGCAUCCUUAGUAAAGAAUGGUCGAACUUUAAGAAAAUGUUACUUAUUUUCUUAUAGGUAUAAAAACGUUUGAGAUAUCAGCAUAUGCUUAAAACCGCAUUUGUACAAAAAAUGUCAAUAACUUCGAAACCCUAAGACAGCACAAAUGGAAGCUCCCCUGAGGGACACCGUGGGCAAAUACAAAUUACUUGUAAUGUAUAGGGGAUUUGAAAGAUUACUUUACCCCGGAGUUGGGGGAAAUGAGGGAGGUUUGGUUUACAACAACCUUGCACCACAGGGAAAAACCGGGGACUUUGUAGAAAGAAAUGAGGUUGAUUGGAUAUAUAGACGACUUGUCCAGAAGAUCGCGGGCUUAGCUCUCUCCUUGUGGUGAACCACUUCUACUAAGGAAACACUUCAUUGUACUUAUAAAGAACAUUUAAAUCAACAAGAACAUUGUAGAAUAGAUAGUAUAUUUUGAGUUCUUUUCUACAGUGUAUAUUUAGUUCCUGGCAUUGCCUCUGUAAUUUUUUUUAAUUUAUAAUGGUUUAAUGAGUAAGUUAUUAUUUGGUGAGUUAUUCAUAAGGUUAUAAUAAUGUUUUUUAUUUUGUGUCGAAAAGGUAUAAACGAGAAGCUCUGCUGCAUGUCUUCACAGUGCAAGAAGUGUGGAAAGUGUUUUAGUGUAGCAGGAGACCUAAGGAUUCAUGAAAGAGUUCACACUGGGGAAAAGUCUUAUGAAUGUAAACAGUGUGGCAAGGGUUUUAGGCAAGCGGGAAACCUCAGGAAACAUGAACGAGUUCACACUGGGGAAAAGCCUUAUGAAUGUAAACAGUGUGGCAAGUAUUUUAAUGAAGCAGGUAACUUAAGGAUUCAUGAAAGAGUUCACAUUGGGGAAAAGCCUUGUGAAUGUAAACAGUGUGGCAAGUGUUUUAGAGUAGCAGGAAACCUAAGGAGUCAUGAAAGAGUACACACUGGGGAAAAGCCAUAUGAAUGUAAACAGUGUGGCAAGUGUUUUAGCCGGUCAGGAGACCUGACAAAACAUGAAAGAGUUCACACUGAAGAAAAGCCUCAUGAAUGUAAACAGUGUGGCAAGUGUUUUAGUGUAGUAGGAAACCUAAGGAGGCAUGAAAGAGUUCACAAUGGGGUAAAGCCUUACGAAUGUAAACAGUGUGGCAAGUGUUUUAGUGUAGCAGGAAACCUAAGGACUCAUGAAAGAGUACACACUGGGGAAAAGCCUUACGAAUGUAAACAAUGUGGCAAGUGUUUUAGUGAAGUAGGAAACCUAAGGAGGCAUGAAAGAGUUCACAAUGGGGAAAAGCCUUAUGAAUGUAAACAGUGUGGUAAGUGUUUUAGCCGAUCAGGAGACCUAAGGAGUCAUGAAAGAGUUCACACUGGGGAAAAGCCGUAUGAAUGUAAACAGUGUGGCAAGUGUUUUAGCCAUGCCGGAACCCUAAGGAGUCAUGAAAGAAUUCACACCAGGGAAAAGCCGUGUUUUAGCCGAUCACAGAACCUUAAAGGUCACAAGAAAGUCCACAGUAGAAAGCAGUCGCACAAACUUAAUAGUAACGAACGUUUUUGUAGAGGUUUGCCUUGCGAGGGUAAGAGGCCAGUAAAUAAUGUGAGGUUAAGAUUUAAAAAUGCCUUACCUGCACAGAGACAGAGAGAGACUGGAGACAAUAGGAUAGAAGACGAGCGAACAGACGUCAUUGAGAAACACUGCAGCUGUUGGAUUUGUCAAGAGGAGAUGAGUAGUGAAGCUCUUCUUCUUCAACAUUAUGAAAAUCAUAUGAGAUAUAUAACUGAAGAUGGUUCGUAA